GCUCCGCCAUAUUGCAGGAAAUCCGUCUGAGGUUUAGAGAUUAGCGUUUAAUCUGAGGAGCUGGGAACGAGAGUGUGAUUGGAAGUUACUGCUAGCCAUAUGGUUAGCUCGAGUGGGCGGGUAGAUCGCGCAAUCGCUGUUCUCACACGACAGGACAUAUGUUUAUUAAGACAAAUCGGCGCGGUUCGGCACGUUAUUAUUAUGCCGAACUCUCUUAUGAGUGUCUAGCUAAACUGGCGAGUUGACAUUCUGACUCUGAAAAGUGGAAAAUCGGAUUACCGUUCAAGAUUGCGCACCAAACCCUAAUCAUCUUGUGUCGCUGGCUCCCGUUGCUGCGAGCCCAAGAUAUCUGAUAGAAGAGAAAAGGCUGAUUGCUAGAUAGAUAGGUCAAUGUCAGCAGGAAAACACCGAGACCGGGCUCCAUUCUACUAGUUUAUCAACGACGAUCGGUGGCUGUGUUUCUGUCAGCGAGGGCAAGCGUUCAAAUCGGCGUGUCUGCUGCUGGCGAUGUUAUUAUGCUGCCCUGUGACCCGUGUACCCAACUGUUGUUCAGUGUUGACUAAAUUAGCUGUGUAAACCUGCUCGCUGGUCUCAAUUUCAACAGUUCUCGCACCCUUCGGAGUCACUGGCCACUUUGCGAUCUCUUCUUCCUCGGACUGGCUCCAGCAAACACGGAGGAUUUCUUUGCUCAUUUGCUGGCUAAUAAAUCCUGACUGAACUGAGAGAAAAUGUCGACUAAAGAGCCGAAAGAAAAGCUGUCGACGACUGAACGAAUCGUUAAAACAGUGCCACUGCCCCCUCACCAGAGGCUGACAAUAAAGGACCUGUUUGUGGAUGGUAAGCCAAAUGCCGAGCUACUGAAGAACCAUUUGAUCAAAGAGGGACGUGUGGAGGAGGACGUUGCGCUGCGCAUCAUAAACGAGGGUGCCAACAUCCUAAGGCAGGAGAAGUGCAUGCUAGAGGUGGAGGCGCCAAUCACUGUAUGUGGUGACGUUCACGGACAGUUCUUCGACCUCAUGAAGCUCUUUGAAGUUGGUGGUUCCCCCGACAGCACACGCUAUCUCUUCCUGGGCGAUUAUGUAGACAGAGGAUACUUCAGUAUUGAGUGUGUGCUGUUCCUGUGGACAUUGAAGAUCAACUACCCUAACACCCUCUUCCUCCUCAGAGGCAACCAUGAGUGUCGGCACCUCACAGAAUACUUCACCUUCAAACAGGAAUGUAAAAUAAAGUAUUCAGAGAGGGUUUAUGACGCGUGUAUGGAGGCCUUUGACUGCUUGCCUCUUGCAGCACUUCUAAACCAGCAGUUCCUCUGCGUACACGGUGGCCUCUCACCAGAAAUCAACUGCUUAGAUGACAUUAGAAAAUUAGACAGGUUUAAGGAGCCCCCGGCAUUUGGGCCUAUGUGUGAUUUGAUCUGGGCCGACCCGGGAGAGGACUACGGCAGCGAGAAGACGGCAGAGCACUUUAACCACAACUCAGUCAGAGGCUGCUCCUAUUUCUUCAGUUAUGCAGCAGUCUGUGACUUUCUGACAAACAAUAACCUGUUGUCAGUAAUUAGAGCACAUGAAGCACAAGAUGCAGGGUACAGGAUGUACAGGAAAAGUCAGACAACAGGCUUCCCUUCAUUAAUUACCAUUUUCUCAGCACCAAAUUACCUAGAUGUGUAUAACAACAAAGCGGCUGUAUUGAAAUAUGAAAACAAUGUCAUGAACAUUAGACAGUUCAACUGCUCUCCUCACCCGUACUGGUUACCCAACUUCAUGGAUGUGUUUACGUGGUCGCUGCCCUUUGUGGGCGAGAAAGUGACUGAGAUGUUAGUGAAUGUCCUAAACAUCUGCUCUGAUGAUGAACUCAUGUCAGAGGGAGACGACUUGUGUGAAGGUGGAACUCCAGCUGUCCGUAAGGAGGUGAUCAGAAAUAAGAUCCGUGCCAUUGGGAAAAUGGCCCGAGUCUUUUCUGUUCUCAGGGAAGAGAGCGAGAGUGUACUGACCCUCAAAGGGCUCACCCCAACCGGAACGCUACCUCUAGGAGUCUUGUCUGGAGGCAAGCAGACCUUACAGAAUGCCACCAUAGAAGCAAAGGAGGGUCGAGCCAUCCAAGGCUUCUCUCCUACACGGAAAAUCCGCAACUUCGAAGAAGCUCGUGGCCUGGACCGAAUAAACGAACGGAUGCCUCCUCGCAAGGACGGCCAGCAACCUGACGGUACCACAGUUAACGCGCCAACGAGAAAAAACGGCACUGAUGGGAAUGUGUAAGGGGAGAUUUUGCACUUUUCCUCUCCUCCAUAGCAUUUUCUCUUUCUCUGCCACGUUCUCCACAAGACAGACCCCUCAACUGCCGGAUCCUGCAGAGAAGGGCCUGGGAUGUGGAGAGGAAUCAUUCCACAGACAGAGAGAGAAAUCACUUACAACUAAGUACAAACAUGAGAUUUUAUUUAUUAAAUGAAACGUAUUAGAUGUACUUGAUAGCAGCAUUUUAAAGAUGAGUGAACAUUUGAAAGUGUGGGGGGAAAAGCAGGUAUACAGUCACAAUGUGUCAACCUUUAAACUUCAACUACAGUUUUGUAACUCGAGAACGAAUGUGGGUUCGAGAUGCUUUACAGAUCUUAAGAUCCCAGUUUUAUAUUGUAUGUCACGAUGUAUUUGGCACGGGAUGGUUUGAUUGAAUAUACUUACGUAUGUUAUCAAUAAGUAUGUCUGUAAGGGAUUUAUUAAGACAAAACGAACCUAAGGGAAAUAAGUUAUACUGUAAGUUCGAUGAAAAAUAUUUUCUAUCUACGAAAGUAAAAUACUAUUCAGUUUUAAGUAAGAUUCAGACUGAAUCAAAGCGUUAGCUGCUUUGGGUUCCACGUCUAUUUCUACAUGGUAAAAUGUGCAUUUAUAUUCAUUUUUGUCCACUCGAGUCUUGCAGGUGAUGCACCACAUGUAAGUAGCCAUAACAUUGAUCUUAAAUAGAAGUUGUUUGAUUCUUCCUGUGCGAAAACAAAGCAUGUCUUAUGAAAGCACUGUCGCAAUCACAUAAUCUAACCUUUGCGUCUGUAUACUUUCAGACAAGACUCACUUUCCCUCAUUUCAAUUCUGUCUCUUUUUGCUGUUUCUUAAAGAUGAUAAAUGAGAUUGGCAUGCAACCAACCAGUUUUAUUUGUUAAUAUAUACCGUGAAAUUUGUUAGUAUGCCUAUAAAGCUCAUGUACACGUGUAACGGCCAAUGUGGGACGCGUGAAGUUGCUUCGAUCGACUCAAAAGCCAAAGUUUUUUUUUUUGUGCUGCCAGAGCUCUAACCAACCCCAUUUUCCGAGGAAAUGGGGUCAGUCUGAAGAAUAUUGCACUAAAUGCAAGUCAUUGUAAAUAGAGAACACCUACACGUAAUAUUGAAGCAGGAAGGCCUAUCCUUUCUUUGAAGAAUGUCCUAAAGGCCAUGCAAAGUAUUCAUCUUUCGCUGAGAGACUGCUCGUACAGACUAUCGAUUUCAUCCAGUUUGUGCUUGAGGCAUUAACAAAGCAUGUUUGGUGGUUUGAGCUGUAACACUAUGUGAGGUAUUGUGUUAAGGUUUUGUUUUUUGUUUUUUUACAUGGCUGCUUGUUUUAACAGGUUUAGGGAAAGUUGUGGUAUGUCUCCACCUACUGUUGAGAUACAGAACUUUGAGAGCAAGUGCAUUAGCCUUUUAAUGCAAGUUUUUAUUCAGUUUUAACAGGAGCAGCAGGUUCGUCUGGUUUUCGAGCAGGUUUGAUCAUGAUUUACGAUGGUGUUGAUUGUCUGAUGCUAUGCACGUGAGCAACCCACCCCGUUUUCUGGAAGCAUUUGAAAUGUACAUUUUAGACAACGGUUCAUUUUGUAAAAUGUUUUUGUGUUUUUAGUUUUUCACUUUUACUUUUUAUUUAAAUACAGGACCGGUUCUUCACAUGAGACUGAUUUUAAAAAGCAUUCAAAUCUAGUAAUAUGACCAGUAUGUUGUGCUCAUCUUCAAGUGUAUGAAUUCAGCUUUUAUGAAAAAUAAAUGUGUGAUUUCAGUGCAACCUUCCGACAUACGGCAUUUCCUGAAGUGUGCAUGUGUGUUUUGCAGGAUCAAAUCAGUGCAGUAUGUCUGUGGACUCUAAAGGGAAGUUUGCUACAUUUAUUUGCAUGUAUUUCAAAUGAUACCAAUGGACGUACUGAGAUUAAGCAGCUGAUCUGGGAUCAGUUCUACUGUUUUCCUUGAAUGGUUUAACAGGGUGUGGGCUGGUCUUGGUAUACUGGCCACCUGAACUUCUUAAGAAAGGAAGAGGAGGUUUAAACCUCUUAAGUUUCUGUUUGCAUUCAAGAGUUGAAAUGUUGAGUAUUAGGCUUUCACAGGCUCAGAGACUCCCUGAAACGCAUCUGUGGGAAUGUGUAGACAUGUUGUUUAUGCGCAAUUAUAGCAUAAUGAAAAAUACGAUAUGGGGAUUUAAUUGAACGAUCAUUUUAUCGAGUACUUGUAAUGCCAGGCCACCAUGAAUUCUUGAUAUUAUGUAGAUGUAUCAGUUACGAAGACAAAUAAAAACUGAAAUACUGUG